AUGGCGGAUUCAAGCAGAAUGGCGAUGCGGAGGUUCAGGGACGGCCCCAUGUGGACGGAUACAUGUAGCAUGGUGGCACUGUUUGGCGCCGUGGUGGCGUCGACUGCAAGUCAAGCAAGGUCGAUGCGUCAGUACCUGCUCUGGAGAUGGACCGGUGGAAGAUGGCGGAGUUAUAAUGAUGUAAAUUGGGAAAUACGGUCGUGGGGACCUCUGACUGUCAGCGAGAAAGCACGGAGAACCGGCCGCCGUCAACCUGCGGGAGGCGAGCCGUGGCUCAGGACAGUCGUCGACGUUGUGAUCCGUGGAACAGGGAAAACACUUUCCGGCAGUGGUAGUAACUACGAGGUGGAGGGGUGGGAGUGCUCUGCUUCCUGUAGCCGCUGCAUCAUACCAUCAGCCACGUCGGGUCUCCUGGGAUCUCAGCAACCGUCGGAAGGGACCGUCGCCGACGAGGAGAUGGGAUUCCUGAUGCAACCAAUUAAAAGAUUCACGGUGCUUGAGGAGGUCAAUGAUAGCGAUGUCCCGAUGGCUCCGCUGCAUUACCUCGUCGGCGCCGCUGCGUCGGGCGAGCUGCAGCACGCGCAAGCCCUAGAGCUAAGCAUGGACGGACAAAUCUGUGCGACCCAAACUGUGGUGGUGGCAGAAAGGGAAAUUUCACCCCAAAAGGCUUGAUUAAUUAACCUAGAAAAUCCCUCGAAUUGGAUCUGACUAAGCGUCCGAGGUCUCCACCUGCAAGAUGAAUCCGCAGGUUACUGGCUGGACUCGUAGGUAUGAAAGUACUUCCAGUUGUGAUUUCGGUAUUCAGGUCACU